GCUUGUGUGGGACCUGGAUGCUUCUUUAAAUUCUUCAGUUGCUCCUUCAUCAGUUUUUAAAGACUUUUUCUUCCCAAACGACGUUGCUUUUGUCUCCUAAACUUGGCUGAUGGAGCUCAGUGAGAAUCCUGGAGAUCACUCUGGUCCAAAGGACCACAGCUCUGCAACAAACCCACUCACCACUAGAGGGCGUAAACGUGAGCGGACCGCCCUGACCACUCCUGUAGGGGGCAGCACCUUCAGAGACUGGUCAAAAGAACUCAUCAUGAACUUCAAAAAGCCACGAUGUUUAACUCCUGUAGGGGGCAGCACCUUCAGAGAUCGCUCAAAGCAGAGACUCAUAAACUUCAAAAAGUCCCGUCGUUUACAAAAACGCAGACGCAGAGUCAAAGUGACGUCCAGAGGAAAAGCUCCAUCUGCAGAUAAUAUAUCAGUGAUAAAGACGACCACGCCCACUCCACUGGUCCUGAUGAGGCCCGAUGAGGACAAUCACCUACUCCCCCUCCUCUGGACCUCCCUCCUCCGGACCUCCCUCCUCUGGACCUCCCUCCUCUGGACCUCCCUCCUCUGGACCUCCCUCCGGACCCUGACCUCCCUCCUCCGGACCUCCCUCCGGACCCUGACCUCCCUCCUCCGGACCUCCCUCCUCUGGACCUCCCUCCUCUGGACCUCCCUCCUCUGUCAUUCUCCGUGGACAGACUUGUCCCUCAGUGUCAUGUGA